AUGAGCUCGAUCAACUCUCGCCUGAAAAACUUCGGGUUCGGAAAGCGCAAAUCCACCGCCAGCAUCCAGACCGUCGACGGCGUUCCGCCCACCAAUACCCCUCCUCCCGGCCAAAUACCUCAAGCCAACGUCGCCGGCCUCGCUCCCCUCACCUCGUCCACCUCGACAACCUCGCUUCCAAUGAACCAUCCAGGGGCCGGCAACCGCCCGCCAAGCUAUACCGCCAACUACCCGCAAAACCCUGCUGGUCAGCCUCUUGGUCGCACCAGUCCCCUCACCAACCAAGGUCCCAACCGCACCCCGCCCUCGCAAAUGGUCAACGGCCCUCCUCCCAUCAACACCGGCGCUCCCGUCGGAUAUCCCCCCAAUAUGGCUGGCAUGGGCGGCGGCCCUCAAAUGGGCCAUCCUGGCGGCCCUGGCGGCCCUCCUCAGGGCUACCCUCCUCCAGCUGGAUAUCCUCCUGGCCCUCCUCCUCAGCCUUCCGGUCCCAUGGCCCAACAGCAGUUUGGCCAGAACCGCGCCGAGGUCGAGGGCUCUAGCCAGAGCAAGGCACAGCUCAUCGUCGGUAUCGAUUUCGGCACUACCUUUUCUGGUGUCGCAUUCGCCUUUGCUACCAACAACGAAGCCAAGGAAGACAUCAUUACCGAAUGGCCGGGUGCCGGUUCGUACACUAAGCAAAAGAUCCCUACCGUGCUCUACUACGACCAGUACCAAAAGGUUGUUGGCUGGGGUCCCGAUAUUGCUGAUGCCCUCGCCCCGACUGGCUACCCCAAGCCUGGAGUGCAAAAGGUUGAGUGGUUCAAGCUCCAACUUAUGCUGAGCGGCAACACCUACAUCGACCCCAUCAACCUCCCUCCUCUGCCCCCGGGCAAGUCCGAGAUCGAUGUCGCCGCCGAUUACCUCUUCAAGCUGCGCCAGGCCAUGCGCGCAGCUCUGCAAAAAGCCCUUGGCGAAGUCUUCAAUCGCGAAGAGCGCAAUAUCCGAUACUACCUCACUGUCCCUGCCAUUUGGAACGAUGCUGGCAAGGCUGCUACGCGUGCUGCCGCCAUCCAGGCUGGUUUCUUGCGCGACGAGAAUGACAACCGUCUCACGCUUGUUUCUGAGCCUGAAGCCGCUGCUCUCUUCUGCUCCAAGACUGGCCUUUUGAACCUCAAGGUUCACGACGCCGUCCUGAUCGUCGAUUGCGGUGGUGGUACCGUCGAUUUGAUCGCCUACGAAGUCGAAGAGGAGAACCCCUUCACCGUCGCCGAGUGUACCGCCGGUUCUGGUGACUCUUGCGGAUCCACUGCCCUAAACCGCAACUUCAGCAACAUUUUGCGUACCAAGAUUCGCAAGAUGAAGCUUCCUGAGGGCUCCAAGACCGCUGGCCGUGUCUACGCCAAGUGCAUCAUGGACUUUGAAAACAGAAUCAAGGCCGACUUCCGAAACAACGGUCAGAAGUGGGCCGUUGAUGUCGGUAUCGAGGCUGAGUUCCCCGAGGCCGGCAUUGAGGAAGGCUACAUGACCUUUACCAACGAGGAGAUUCUGCAGUGCUUUGAGCCUGUUGUCAACCGUAUUCUCGAGCUGGUUCGCAACCAGAUCAUUGCCAUUCAGGCUCAAAACAGAACCCUCCAAAACAUCUUGGUCGUUGGUGGUUUCGGUGCCUCUGAGUACCUCUUCCAGCAGAUCAAGCUCCACGUUCCCCCUCAGUUCCAGUCCAAGGUUGUUCGUCCCAUGGACUCGGUCGCCGCCAUUGUCAAGGGUGCGGUCACUGCCGGCAUCAGUGAGCGCAUCAUCACACACCGUAUCGCCCGUCGCCACUACCUUAUGGGUACUCUCCAGCCCUUCAAGGAGGGUUACCACCCAGAGGCGUACCGCGUGCCCUCUCUCGACGGCAAGGACCGCUGCAAGUUUACUCGCCAAAUCUUCGUCCAAAGAGGCCAAAAGGUCAAGAAUGGCGAGACUGUCAAGGUCUCCUUCUUCAGACAGGUCGCACCGGGCGCCACCCUCCUGUAUGAGGAUGUGCUCUACGCUUGCGACGAGGACCAGUGCCCGGAAUACACCAAGGAUCCUCGUAUCAAGGAAGUCGUCACGCUCACAUCCGACUUGUCGCGCAAGAACCUUGAAAAGGACUUUGAGCGCAUGGACACACCACAAGGCACCUUUUACCGAGUCUACUUUGAUAUCUACCUUACUCUGGAUGGUUCCGAGUUCAGCACCGAACUCGUUUGCCAGGGCGAGGUCAUGGGUCGCUGCCGUGCCCGCUUCAGGUAG